AUGACUCGGGAGCGCUCGGUGCCUUUCGCUCGCGGGUUCGGCGCUCGACCCCGCGGUCUGCGCAGCGCCGGCAUGGCGACCCCCGGGCUGGAGGCGCGGGCACUGUUCGCGGAGGGGGUGCGGGCAGUGCUGGGGGGGUGGGCGGCGCUGCAGCUGGCCGUGGCGCAGGGUUUCGGGGGGCCGCAGGGUGCCGAAAAGGCCGCGUGGCUCAGCUCGGCGCUGCUCGACUUCUUCACCCAGAACGCUGACCUGGAGCAGGAGGAGGUGGAGGAUUUCUUGGCCGAGGUGAUGGACAACGAGUUCGACACGGUGGUGGAGGAUGGCAGCCUGCAGCAGGUGAGCCGUGAGCUGGUGACACUUUUUGCCCGGGCACGGGGUGGGGAUGUGGGGGGUGUGGGGGCGGCCCUGGGGGCUCUGGCUCGCCGUGGCCCCGCCCUGGCCGCCGCCCUGGCCAGCGCCCGCCCGGGGGGAGACCCCCACAGCCCCCCUGGGACCCCCCCCGCAGCGAUGGAGUGCGGGUCACCCCCACCCCCCUCGGACGGCUGGACCGUGGUGCAGCGGCGGCGGCGGCCAUGA